AUGUCGGUCACAUUCGUCAAGCUGCCCACCAUCAGCCGGCCCUGCCUCAGGGGAACCCCGACUGAGUCGCUGAGCCUGCGGGUGGACGGCGCUGCUUCGAGGAGAGCCGCCACGGCACAGCCGCACGUCGCAGGCCGGGCAUCCUGGUCGCCAGGGUUUACAGCAGGCAAUGAUAACAGAUCACGGGCUCACACUGCAAUAGGUCGCUUCUCAAUGGCGUGUUCGCCCAGACAGACAUAUGACACAAAUAAGGUCAGGGCUUUGAUCAGAGAGAAAUUGAACUCCAGUUUUCAAACAGUUCAGCGGAUGUUUCAGACGAAUGAUCCUAAGGGAGCAGGCACAGUUUCAAAAGAGGCGCUGACAAGGAUUCUUUGGAAUUUAUGUGGAUAUUUAAAUACUCAACAAGUCAACGAUCUCCUUGGCAGUUUAGGAAUGGCUGGACUAUCACGAUUCUCCUUUGCUGACUUUGUCAGCCGUUUCCAGGACACUGAGAUCGGGAAAACCGAGUGGAUAAGGAAUAUUCAACCAAAGCAAUUGCAAGAGACUGGGACCAAGAACGCCAACAAUUGCUUUCUGCCGCAAAAAUCAAGCAAAGUUGAAGAAACCACUGAUAAUCAUCUUGCUGUACUUAAACAGAAAGUACAUGAAAGUGGAUUUUCAGUGGAGUCCCACUUUGAACCAUCAUGUCUGCGGCCCGGGGGAGUCAUUGCAGCUGAACAAUUAAAACAAGCUCUGAACAGCAUGGGGCUCGUAAUAAGCAAUGAGGAGUUCAACCAUCUCUGGCUGAGGAUUAGUAAGGAACGAAAAUUGGAAAUCCCAACUGAACAGCUUUUACGUGAACUUGGAAUAAAUUCCCAGCAAACAAUUCGUCAUGAAACAACGAAUCUCGGCACAAUCUGUAGAGCAGAUCCAAACGAAUACUCAGCAAGGUCACCAACAGCUAAAAAUAAACACAACCCAUCAAUCGGUGUUGCUGAUCCCAGUGAAGACUUUAUUAAGAUACUUAAAGAUAAGAUGGAGGAAGCCUGUGCAUCUGUCCUCCAUGAGUUUGCCAAGUAUGACAAAGAAGCCAGUGGUUUGAUCAGCAAGACUGCAUUUCGACAUGCGCUGGCAGAUCUGAAAAUUUCAAUGUUUGUCAUGGAUUUGGAGCAUCUGUUAGCAAGAUUGAAUUUAAGACGAAAGGAUGGGUAUGUGGAUUAUGUAGCAUUUGUGGGAAAACUGCAAAGCAGAUCAAAUCUGAGCCUGUUCCAGAAGAUGAUGCCAAGGUUAAGUCCCAGUGAUGGAGGAGCUUUGAGGGCCGCUAAGGGCAGUCUGACUGCCUCUGAAGCAAUGGUUUGUUUGUUGAACCAGUGUCACAGGCUCUACCUUCACCUCUUGGCAGCAUUCAGAAAAGUCAAGGGUUGCACGCAAGAGGCAGUUAACAUUCAAGCAUUUAAGGAAAUCAUUGAGAAGAAUUUUCAGAUCCAGGUCUCAGCAAAUCAACUUGAUAACAUUGUGGGGAAAAUCGGUGACCCAGGAAACAUGUUGGUAUCCUACUCAAAGUUCCUGGGCCUCUUUCAAAACCGACCCAGCACAGGGGAGCUGAAGCAGGAAGUAAGCCAGUAUUCCCUUCUCUUGAAUGAUAAGAAUUUCCGAAUAGAUAGAAUCCGUUACUUGGACAGGUUCGGGAGUGACUGGGCGAGAUACAGCAAUGCACAGAAGCCACGCUCUCUUCAAGAGUUGCGAGCAUUAAUCUGGGGCCUCCUGGAAAGAAACUUUCGCUACUUUUGUCAGACUUUCAUAAGCGUGUGCAUCAAUGAUGAGUGUGGAGCAGAUAAGGAGAAGCUGGAUGACAUAUUGCUGAGAAUGAAAGUAAUCCUUCUCCCCAUGGAACUGGAAAAGCUAUGGUACAGCUUGCCAAUCAGUUACCCAGCAGAAGCUAUUUCAUUGAGAAAAUUCCUUCGGCAUUUCAGCAGAAUGAAAAAGGUGAAGGACUCAGAAAAGGACGGGCAGAAAAACCCGGUCGCCCACAUCCAGAAGAAAUUACGACGUGACGUUGUUAAACAUUGGAAUGACCUAAAGUCAGUCCUUAAGGCACGAGAUCCACAUGGUACUGGGAGAGUGCCUUUCAGAGACAUUCAGGCACUGUGUAUGACUCUGAAGUGGAGCCUGCUGCCUGCAGAGGUUGAUAAAUUGCUGGCAGCUUACGAUUUGGAUAAGAAUGCAGAGUUCCAUUACAUUCCAUUUAUGAAAUCCUACACCAAAAAGGAGAAAGCAGUGGUCUAAUGGUAAGUCAUGCCAAUAUUAUGUCAGAGCACAGUGUUAGUGCAAUGGAGAGAUCGGGAAACAAGAUUAGGAAAUGAAUCACUCAGAGCCAGUAUGGGAACCAUCGUGGCAACAUAAUCCAUUCACUCAACAAUACAGCAGACCAGGAAACAGUGGAAACAUGACUCGCGGCUUAUAGACACUGUGUUAAAUGUUCAAAGUCAAUGUGUCAAGUGCAUGUUCUUGUAAAAUCAAAGCAUUCAUUUUUAAAUGCAGUAGCUGUUAGCUUAUUUUUCAUGUUUUUCAAAACUAGGGUGUCUAAACAGUCCCACAUAUGCACUUUUAUACCCUAUUCCCCCACACUCCCUACCUCAUGUGCCACUCCCCAUCCCUUUCCCCAUAGCCUCAUAUCCCACAUUUGACACUUUGCUUACUUCAAUACCCCCUUACUGUUCAUUUUCCAUACUCCACCCUCUUGUACUUCCUUCUUACCCCAAUACUCCCAUAACCCAUUCACUCCUGACCUCACUCCUCCCUCGUCACACCCCCAUAAGCCUACCUAAUCUUACUCCAAUAUCCCCAUACCCUUGAUACCUUUAUCUCACUCCCCAUAUCAUAAGACAGGAGCAGAAGUAGGCCAGUCAGCCCACCAACUCUGCAUCACCAUUCCAUAAGACUAUGACUGAUCAGAUAAUCCUCAUCUCCACUUUCUUACCUUGAUUCCACAUUACAUCCAGUGAUGUUAGCACUAAACCACCAUCUCUCCAGUUGCACAGAAUAAAGUUAUUUUGGGUGAAAUGACAGAAAUUGCCAGAAAUGCUCAGCAGGGAAGUUUCCUAGCUGUCAUCAGUUCUGAGGAAGGGUCUCUGGACCUGAAAUGAUAACGGAGUUCUGUCUGCAGAUGUUGCUGGACCUGUAAUUGCUGUUUUUGUUUGCUUUCUUCUACCGCAGUUCUUUUGGUCUUUAUUCGGAGGCUAUGAGUCCUGCACAGAGUAACUCAUGCCCUGAUUCCCCAAAUUCUGUUCACUAACUACAAUGCUGAAGUGAAAAGUUUGAUGGAUAACUCCCCUCUUGCCUGGAUGAGUGCAGCUCCAACAACACUCAAGAAACUUGACACCAUCCAGAUGAAAGCAAUCCACUUCAUUAGCAUCCCAACUACCAACUUCAAUAUUACAUCCAUCCACUACCAGGACACAGUGGCAGCAUUGUAGAAAUACCAUUUAUAAGAUUCAGAGCGGUAACAAGUUAAUGUUCAUUUAACAGUGCAUUCCAAACCUGCAACAUCUAUCAUCUAGAAGUAUAAGGCCAGCAUUGCACCAUUCUCCAGUCUGAAAAAUAAGCAUUUACCACAACCUCUCUGUCCUGAAGCCAAGUUUGUUUUUAAAAUGCAAGCACUAUUCCGAGAGCCUCAAUUUAGCUAACUGGCCUUCCAAAGCACAUGAUUUCAACCACCUUGAAGGACAGAGGCAAAAAAAAUCACCAUUUGCAAGUUCCCCUCCAAGCCAUUCCAUCCUGCCUUGUAACACAAUCACUAUUCCUUCACGGUCUCUGGGUCAAAAACAUGCAACUCCCUCCUGGAUGCAUGUUGGUCCCUCUCUCUGCCACAUUAGAUUGCAGUGAUUGAAGGAGGCAGCUCACUACCAUCUUCUCAGAGCAACAACGAAUGGGCGACAGUUGUUGGCCUUCGCAGGAUACCCACAAGCACUGAAGGUAUUUUUUAUUUUAAAACUGACCUUCGUGUAAAUGGAACCAAUUGACACAACAGAAAAAUAAAGUUGCUGACACUCGGACAGGCAGAUUUCCAUCUGCCUAAGCAGAUCUGUAGGUCACCAGAAACAGCACUAUUCCAUGCGCGCAGAUCUGGGAAAAUAUUUAACUCUAGAAUGUAUGUGAUUCUCUUCAAUAUUAUCUCCGGAGGUUUCAGGGGGAUUUUCGUGACUUUUUGCUUUAGACUUGUGCAGGGUAUCAGGCAACAUCACACCAGGUACCAACCCCUUUCUCCCUCCACUCAUCUCUCCCCUUCCACCCUCUCUCAACACCUCUUCUCCCCUGCCUCUUCUCUUUCCUAUCCCCUACUUCUCACAGAUGCUUUCUCACCCUCCUGUCUGCUCCCCAUUUUCUUCUACCCAGUCCCUCACUCAAACCAUUGACAAUUUGCUACUGAAAAGCCCAGGUUCAGUCCUGCUGACUCAGUGGGUUUGGGUUUCAUGGCUGAUGUAGUAUUUGCUUCAUAGAUGCACAUAAAUAAAGAUUUGAAUUUAAAUAUUAUUUGUGCCAUGUAUACUCUGUGGUGCUAGUGUAUUCUAGAACCCAAAGUUAAGGAUUCAGCACCCAUGUAUUAGUUAUUACAAGACAUAGAAUGCUUUGCUGAGCUAUUAAAGAGACUCCAACAUUAUGAAAGAAAUAAUUAAAUAAAUAUUUGGAAAGCAAGAAUAUGAAGUUACAGGCAAAUGGGAAUGUUACAGUACAUACAUUCCACUGAAGGACUAGUAUUGAUGUAGGCACAAUGGGGUGAAUAGCCUCUGUGUAAAUUUCUGCAAAAAUUGAUUACAUUUACUUUGUACAUUAAACAAAUUUUCUCCAUGACUAUUUAUUUGUAAAACUUAGACAGCAUUGAGUGCUGUGUUUUAAUCCUAUUCAGGUGAAGGUGAAUAAAUUAGACUCCCCUUACUUAUUCAAGUUACUUCCAUACAGCUCCACAAAGGUUUGAUUUCAAAUAGUUUGCAAAAAAUGGUCUCAAUUUGAACUUCAUGAGUGGCAAACACCAUUUAAUCCAAAUCAGGUCAGUGGAGUCUGAAUCCAUUUGUUGGAUGUCCAACUCAAGCCCAAACACCUUGCCACUGGGAAAAUUGGGUUAAAAUCAGGGAUAAAAUAUUAAAAUAUCUAAAAAAAAACUUGGAGCUCAGUCGAGUGUCAGUAUCGACCAGAAUGUCGAUGCGUGAAAUAGGUUCCAUGCGUGAAAUAGGUUCAGAGAGGAUAUUACAUAAUUGCAGUCGAUGACAUUAAUGUUUAGGCUGAAGCGUCUUGUUAGGCUUCUUCAACAGCCAAUCCCUACACCUAUUCUUUCUCCCCUGAGAAGGGUUGGCAGAUGCUUGGGGACACCCCCAGCAGGUUCCUCUGGAAGUCACACACCAUCCUGACCU